GGUAAUUUGUGGAUGUUCAUAUAAUGCCGUAUCAUAAAGGUGAGGGGUUCAUUGUAGUUAUAAAAUAAACAUGAAGUAUCGACCAUGGUUACCACUCAGAAUUCAGGUGUUAUUAAUUUGUUGGACGCGGUAAGGCUGUGGUUUCAAACUUCAACACCUGACAGCGAGGAAGAUAGAGUUACGUUUUCUCUUCUCAGGGGUUCUCGGACUAACAGAAAACUUGAUCCUUACGAAGCUGGUGGUUCAUUAUCUCUCUACGUAACACUGCUUACUAUGACUGAUGGAUAUUCUGAUAGCGAUGAGAGUGAUCUCGAAAUUACAGAACCAUCAAAACGAUCGCGUGGACGUGUCACCGGAGAUUCUGCCUCAUUGUACGUCCAAGCGUGUCACCAGGGCGGUCUGACGCCAUACUCGUCCAUCACCAGACAGUUGGAGGACCAGGGCUUGCAGAAACUGGACCUAACAGACAGAGCGCUGGGACCAAGGCAGGUCAAGCCAGUGACCGUGGUGUUGCUGACAGUUACUCAUGUGACAGAGAUAGAUAUCACCAACAACUGCAUAGGCGACCAGGGAGUGACAUAUCUCUUAGAGGUACUACAGGAGAAUGUUUAUGUUUCCACAUUGAAAAUUGCCAACAAUGCUCUCACCAUCACGAGUGCCAAAGCCUUGGGGAGGCACCUGUCUUCAAAUGGAUCUCUCCAGCAUCUUGACAUCUCAGGGAAUAGAUUUAAAGACACUGAGGUCCGAUAUCUAACAGACGGAUUAAAGGAAAAUCACGGACUGCUACAGCUUAAUAUGUCUCACAAUGAAUUCCGUGAAAGCGCGGGUUAUGCGCUUGGAGAAGCACUGGCUGUUAACGAUACCCUAGAAGAUCUGGACUUGUCUUGGAACCAUUUCAGAUUGAAGGGCGCGAUCGCUCUAGCAGAUGGACUAAAAGUUAACCAGGUUCUAAGGGUACUAAACGUUUCUUGGAACGGAUUCUCUGACGACGGCGCCAAGGCCAUGGGGAACGCCAUGAAGUGUAACAAGAUCUUGAAGGAGCUAGAUCUGUCCAAUAACCGAAUUUUCAUGGACGGAUUAACGGAUCUCAUGAACGGAUUAAAGCGAAACACUUCCCUGCGAGUGCUGAAACUGAGCUUUAAUCCUUUAACGACCGCAGGCGCCUGGUUUCUUCUUAGUCUUCUCAGGAACAACCCGUCUGUGGCCAUUCGGUAUCUAGAACUGAAGAAUAUACCCGUAAGUUACCGAUUCCUAACGCUGAAGGAGGAACUGCGAGUCACGCGCCCGUCUUUCAAGGUGAUCCACGGUGAAUUCGUGCGUUCCGAGGACGUGUUUGCCAAACGCUGGGCCGACAGAGACGCCUUCCACGUGGACCCCAUGUUUCUACUCCAGAUGUAUGUGAGGGACAGUGGUCUGAGGAUGACCGAUCUCUUCUCGCAGUUUGACCACAACAAAGAUUGGGCCAUCACGCCGGAGGAGUUUAGGAAAGGGAUACGGAUGGCUGGAAUACCGUUCAGUGAGGCGCAGCUUGACGAACUUCUGGCAGAGAUAGACACCAAUGACAACGGAGAGAUUGAUUAUAGAGAGCUUAUGUCAAGUCACAAGCAGUACAAAACAAAAUGGCGAAAAAAACUAACAAAGCUUUCGCGGAGAACUACCUCGUUUCUCAGUCGCGUAGACGUGAUCAAUUACAGCGAUAACCCCCAAAGUGGCAAAACUGUGGCAGACGACCAAAAUAGCGCCUACAGACUUUCAAGCAUGGUUGCACGUUCGCGCAGUCCUGCAGCGCCAUCUCGGCCCGGGUCGUCUCUCCGGCCGAUAGGAGAGUCCAACAAGGAGGAAUUACCUGAUAUCUCAGCGCCCAGGACGUUUGGGAUUAGAUCAAACCCUGAGUCUUUGUUAAAAGUAAAAGAAAUGGGAGCAUCUACCUCGACAGCAGCUAAGGAUCUAUCUUUGCCGGUAGUUUCAAGCAGGCCUGUGUUGGAUGUUAAGCAUCGCAGACAAUCACUAAAAUUCAGCAAUGAAUUUCGGAAAUUCGUGAUUGAAGCUGACUGAUUACUCUUGACACUAAUCAUGUGAAAUAGACUGACAAACAAAAGUUUAUAAUUGUCACGAUUAUUAUUCUAUCUGGACGGAAUGGUGAACACUAAAACGGCAAAGGAGUACACCAGGACAAAAGUUUUCAUUGCAACAAUAAACAAGGGCAAAUAAAUGGGCCUACGGUGGAGUAUAAGUGUCCAUUUAUACAAAUAUAAAUUAUUUACAUGUAUAAAUUGCAGGUACUUUAAAUGUGUGAAUACAUCAGUUAAUGGACUCUAGUGUCUUCCUUUCUUUUCCAACCAAAAUAUAGUAUGUGUACCGUAUACAAUUACACAGCGGUUGUCUGUAAACUGCGACUUUCACAUGAAAUUGAACCUUCCUCUUCACUACAAACGCACUAAAAUAUAUUCAUUCCUGUUUACCUCAUAUAAAUUCAAAAUAAAGGAAAACACAUCUGAUAUUAUGCAAGAACUUAUAAGUUACGCGAAUCGCCACCUUGUGACGAGGCA